AUGAUUCUUCCGACGCACAUUCUUUCAGGAAGAAAGUACAAUGAUAGAGGCUGUGACAAAUGUCCUGUGCAGAAAAGACGAUAUUGUUUUAGGAGCGACGACGAAUGUCCCUUGCACAUUACCGUUUUGGACUUUUUGUACAAUUUCACGGUGCCCGAUUUGGAAAUAACAUGGCCAUGCGAAGCACGCUUUUACUGGUUGUCGUUACAACCAUUCGUUAAAUUCGUAAGAUUUUUGCUUAGCUACGGGACUCCGCUCAUUAUAAUCAUUGGCGUAACAUUAAAUACCGUAUCCUUUGCAAUAUUGAAUACGCCUGUAUCGUGCGACUCGAGCUUAUCGUUAUAUCUGAAGGUACUUGCUAUAUCCGACAAUGGUGCAUUAAUAUUUAAUUAUGCAGUGGGUAUAGCGAAAUCGCAUUUUACAUUUGUCAAUGAUCUUUUCAUGAACAGUCAAUUUCUAUGCGACACCAAUUCCAUAAUUAUGGAACUUUUUCAAUUCACGUCCACUUGGUUGGUCGUAUCGCUCACGUGGGCUCGCGUUAUCGCAAUUAUUUUCCCAUUUGGAGCUCGCAAUAGUAAUCCUGAACGUUUUGCGAUUAUAAGUAUUACUACUUUGACGUGCGUCAGCUUCGUAAUAUCGUUGACAAAGUUAUACUCCGGAGGAUAUGAAACGGACAGCGUUUUCGAAUUUAUACCUUGUCAAAAGAAGAUCAAACCCUGGGGUAGCGCCAUGUAUUUCUAUAUCGCUCUGUCGACAUGGCUGCCAUUGAUUUUUAUAUUUAUCGGCAAUGUUUUGCUGGUUAUACAUAUGAAAAAAUUGGAUGCACUUCGCAGACAAUUAACUCGCAGCUUCCGUCAAAAGAUCAAUAAAACAAAUAAAACGAGCAGAACUUUACUAGCAGUGUCGAUGGUAUAUUUAAUUUUGCUACUACCACUUGGAAUAGUCGAGACUUUGGAGCUCUACUGGGACGUGAUACUGAUUAAAUAUCCAGAAAAGAAUAUGAAAGAAAAUAAAGAAUAUAUAAAUUGGUUAGAAGAGAAAAUGUUGUUGAAGUGGUGUCGUGGAUUAUUCUUUCACGUAUAUCAUUGGAAUUUCGCGUGUAAUUUCUUUUUAUACUGUCUUACGGGAGAAAAAUUUCGGAGGGUUUUGAUAAGAAAAUUAAAGAAAUGUAAAAUUAUACCAACUUCGAAAAAAUCAGCCAACUGUCUUCCGUGGUGCAAGUGCGACGAUCGAUUAAAAUCGAUACGAACUCCGAGUAUACUACUUAUCAAAGUCGUCACGUUCGACGAAUCUUCCGUCAAUGGUAAUAUUACUACGCAACAUAACGACGUCGCAUCGAUCACUUGAUCGAUCUCUCCAUCGAAAAAUCGAAAAAUCGAAAAAUUCGACGAUCGAAGACUGCCACGACGAGAGAAAGCGAUAACUUUACGAUCAGCCGCGUUCGAAUCUGUCCUAUUCGGAUAAUAGUUAUAUGUGAUACAACGUACGAGCGAUUGUUUCACGACAUGGAUAAUUUAUUUCCAUCAUAAUCAUAUUUUUACAUGAGAAAUUUCUAUACGAAUGCAAUAUAAAAUAUCACAAUAUAAGUCGUCGUCGUCGUCGUCGUCGUCGUCGUUUAAUUUUUAACAUCGAAUUGUGGAUUACGUCGAAGAUGCGUUAAUUUUACAUCACACCGUAAAAGGUAUUUCUAAACUCUUCGUCGUAAAUAAUUACGUAAAGAAAAUAUCUGGUCCCGAUAUGGAUUUCUAACCUGGAUACGUUCAUCAUUUUUUAUGUUAGAGCUAAAAAAAGAAUGAAGAAAGAAAGAAAGAAAAUGGCAAUUUCGCAUCCGUUACAUCAUAUGAUUUAAUGGCUGGUGCUUUUAAUUGAUAUUUUCAUAUCGUCCGAUAAUACGAACAUUGUAUAUACCGUUGUUGUUGUUUGAACGUAGUUGAUUACAAUUAAUUAUUUUCAGAAUAUUAUUCUUCCUGUUUUAUAUACCGAAAUAAAUAAAACAUGAAAUGCAUAGA